AUGGGAAAUGCCAAGAAAGGCGGCGUCGCGAAGAAGAAGCGCGGCGUUAGUAAAGGCAUCACCAAGAAAGACGGCAAGAACAAAACCAAGAACAAGCCCAAGUCAAGCAACCCAAAAAGCAUCAAGGCAGGCGACACUACUGAUCCAGAGAAGAGCGACGACGUUGUCGAAAAGCAUCUAGACAAUGAAUACACGCGCAUUGUGAAUGCCGUUGACGGAACGCACCACCUGCUCGGCGACGAAGUCCUGAACGCCAACGGAGUGUACCAUGGCCAAGUAAAGACUGAGAUCCAGCAGAACCACGAACACCUUCAGAGUCAGCUCACCGUCAAUCCUGCUGACCUGGCGUUGCCGAUGGACAGUGACGUUCACCAGAAGGACUUGCUGAAGGCUAGAAAGAAGUUCAACGAGUGGAAUCAGUACAUUGAGCGUGGAGGCUUGCAGGGACGGCAGGAGAAACCAUUGGGGGACUGA